UUUAUAGUUUGUCCCAAAAUUAAUCAAGAGCUAAAAUUUAAAAAAACAAGUCGAUGGAAGGUGAAAUUAACAACUUCAUUAUGGUAUGGGUGAUUGUGUUAUGUUCUUUGUGUUAUUGUCAUAUGAUAAAUGGCUUCUUUCCAAAUUCCAGUUUCAAAAGAUUUUUUGCUAUCGUACCAAUUGCAUGCCUCUUCCUUGUCCUCCCUCCACUCACUCUCACUUCCUUGAACCUUGGAGGCACCUCCUCUUUCUUUAUAGGAUGGCUUGCUAGUUUCAAACUCAUCCUUUUUGCCCUUGGCAAGGGUCCAUUGUCUUCAUCCCCUCCCCUUACCCUCUCCCGUUUUGUCCCUUUGGCUUGCUUCCCGAUAAAGUUCCUAACCCCUGACCACGAAAAGUCAUCAUUCUCAGCUCAAAGACGACAAUUGGCUACGAUUAUCACAAGUGAUAGUGUGUGGCACUGGUCAACAAAAAUAGGUCAUCUCAUGAAGCUAUUAUUACUUGGUUUCUUCGUCUGUGUGUACAAGUACAAGCAAUGCCUCCACCCGAAAAUCGUCUUCUUGCUUUACACGCUCCGUAUCUACUUCACGCUCGAGCUCUGGCUCGUCCUGGUUAGCGCGGCAGUUCAAUUCGUGUUUCGGAUCAGGCUGGAGUUCGAGCAACCUUUUAAUGAUCCACACUUAGCCACCUCCCUCCAAGACUUUUGGGGCAAGAGGUGGAACCUGAUCGUCACCAACAUCCUUCGCCCCACGGUGUACGAGCCCAUACUCUCGAUGUCGGUUCAAUACAUGCAACCACGGCUCGCCAGGUGUCUUGCCGUGAUGGCGACGUUCCUGGUUUCCGGGGUCAUGCACGAGCUCGUGUUUUACACCAUUGGGAGGGCGAAACCGACGGGGGAAGUCUUGUCGUUCUUCGUCCUCAACAGGGCGUGUUUGAUUUUGGAGAUGGGGAUCAAGAGAAGCAUCAACCGUAAGUAUUGGUUGCCACAAAUUGUGUCACGCCCACUUGCUCUCACGUUUGUGAUUCUUACGUGUUUUUGGUUGUUUUUACCUCCUUUUUUGAGGAACAAGGCCGAUGUCAAAGGAUGCACCGAAGCCAUGGCUUUCAUUGAGUUUGUUAAGCAUCGUAGACUUGUUAGUCCAAAUUUUAUCACUUGUCCAUUAUAUGCAUGAUAUAUAUAUACAUAUUCUUUUUUGUAACCCUUUUUAGUUUUUUCCUUAGAUGUUAAAACCAUUCACCUUUUUAUGACUAAAGUGUUUUUUUUACAAUAUUUACUUUCAAAUUAUUCAAAAAUUGUGAGGAUUUUUCUCUAAAUUUAAAAAAUCGUAUCAAUCAUCUCUCAAUUUUUAAAGUUGGUGUAUCAAUGGUACAUUUGGACCAGAUUUGGGAAUCUAAUGCAAAGAGACCAUUGAUGCAACAUGCAACGUUUUAAAAAAAUGACGCAGUAUCCAAUUUUUUUCCGUACACUAUAUACGUGUCAAACUAAGUUAUAAGAUAAUUUGAAAAUGAAGCGAUUAUAUUAAAAAAAAUAUUCAAACAACAUACCCCAUCAAUAUGAUUAUAUUUAAAAACAACAACCCAGACAAUAACGAUUACAAUAACUAGAGUAAUAUAUAUAAUAUAAUAGUACGAGUAAUUAGACUUCUCCCAACAUGCUUAGGCAAAUGAAAUUAUUGGGUAUUUGGAGACAUCAUAUGAUCUCCAUACAUAUCACUGGAAGAUAAAAAUACCAAUACCAA